AAACAAAGAAUUGGCAUGGUCCGCAGGCGGUACAGCAGAAUUUGUCCUCAGCUUGCCAUAUUUAUGAAACCGAACCUACCUGUAUGGUACAAACCUCGUGGCAUGCUCGAGCUUCGAUAACCACGGAAUCGAAUGCUAUCUCGAGGCGGUGGUGUUCUCCAUUCCCAAGGCCGGGAGACGUGGUUGAGCACACAAUAGCGCGGAUGACCAACGGGAAGCGAUGAAGUCGCUUGGUGGAUAAGGUAUGCAAAGACCUGGUGGUGAACGCGAUUGAUAGCUUGGAGCCACUUGAUCAGCCGUAUGUCGUCCGCGUCUUGGUGCUCGAGUGAGGUGAGGGUCAGUGUCAUUUAUGACGUUGUUCUCAAUCGGUUCUGCAGCUCGAGAUGUCCGAUAUUGAGCCUGCACGGCCCAUGUCGCAGCAGAGUCGCGUGACUGUCCGCCAAUUGAGAGCUCCAUCUACGACGGGACCGUUCAUCCGCGAGAUCCUCCCUCCUUCGACUCAGCUAUCUACCGAGCAUACUUCAAUCACGCUCGCAUGGUCACCGCGUGACGUGCUCGACUGUCUUUCGCAACCUCGUCGUCGCCAUCUUCACCAUCGUCGCCGCUUCCACGUCCUGUCCCUCCAGCCCUGCCUCCGCGAUCCCGGCGUCAUCGACCUUAUCGCAGUGGAUAUGGCGUUCCAACAACCACAACCGCGGCCGAAAGCCGUACGCCAGGUCUCUAUCAAUGCUCUCCCGAAUCAACAGCAACAUCCCGAAUUGCAAGUUCCUGCCUCACCCUCACGAAGGCGAGCGAUUGAAGAUUCGCAAGAAUGGAUCCUCUUCUCACCACAAAACGACGGCCAGUCCUUAUCGCAGACCACGUCGCGAACACCCCGCACCGCCACUCACCUCUCCGACUUCGGCUCAUUACAGACACAUGUGAGAUCGCAGCAGCGGAGUGAUAGUCAAGAGCAGGAGGAAGAUCAGGAUAAUUGCACGUGUCAAGGAACGGAUGUGGACGACGAUGGUGCAGAGUUGGACAGUCUGGAUGAUGGCUUGCUCGCCUUCCAUCACCCAUUCGCUCCAUCCUCGGCGAACCUCGAUCAAAGUGGUGGUGCUGUGCUACCGACCCACGAUGGACUUGGAUCGUUCUUCCCGUCAUCUGCAGGCAUUCAAGAGCAACUGUGGCAGUUUGAGAGACACAACCCGCACAGGAGGAGUAGUAAGCAUGUGCGAAGGCGGAGCAGCGUGCAGAGGAGGUUAGACAUAAUGGAUGAAGAGCAGGACAUUGCGGUCGAGGAUGACCGGACAGAACGGAUCGAAAAGUGGCGGUUGGAUCAGAGCAAAGCAGUGCUGGAAGAGAUUGAGCGUGAGACACGGCGGAGGAGACGACGUAUGAGCCGCGCGAGUGGUACCACCGCUCGGCCAUCAUUGCAGAGCACCGCGGCGUUGGAGAGAGUCCUAUCGCGGCGAGACUCAGUGACAACAAGGCAGACGUCCAGCGCAGACGAUCAGCCUCCGAGUGAGUCUUUCUGGCGGAGGAUAACCCGGAAAGUGAUCAAGGAUCUCAUCGGACUGGACGAAACUACACUAUCGGUCAUCUUCGGAGAGCAAUUCGUCGGAGAGGCAUCUCCUACACCCACUCAGCCCUCGCCGUUGGCUACGGCGGCCUCUCGAGAAUCUCGCGUAUCUUUCCACGACUCUGAGCCUUCCUGGGAAGCCAAGCUCCUUGAUCGCAUCGCACGCGAGCUGGGCGUGCUCGUUCAUCAAUUGGCAGAGUCUGACGGUGCAGCCUUCAAUAGCUACAAGAAUGCUUUGUCGCAACCCAUUGACUACGCAGGCCUGCCUCGCGAGCAUCCACAAUCCUUACGCCAACGACUCCGGGCGGAGACCUCCCGCAGAAAUGACACCGAGAACGCAGAAACCUCUCUCUUCUCGCCGACAGUGCCGCAAACUCCGCUCACGCCCGCCACGACCAACAAUAAUCACGAGCUCGCCGACACCUCCCUCUGGGGCAUUGAAGAGGAAUCCGCAUCCGACGAUGACUCUCCUCGCGACACUACCGAGCAGGAAUACUGGCAACGGGAUAUCGACGUUCACAUGAUCUUCUCCUAUCUCCGCGACCGCUUUGCUCGGAACACUCCAUCGCCUCCCGCGCAGCCCUCAGCCGAAACCUCAGGUCCCCUUCCAGCAUCUUGGGCGACUCCGACCACAUCGUCUCUCACGCCCGCAGCUCAAGCUUCACGCACGCAACGCGCCGAAGUCAUCCGUCGUCAACACCCACUCGUGUCCCGCGCGGAGACACGGAGGAGGGACUUGCUCGCACAAGUCCUCGCUUCUCAAACACCGCAAAAGCGAGCAAGUAGCUGCGCGAGUCAGAGCACGAAGCGCAGUCGACGGAGUCGAGGAAGUUCGAGGAAUUAUUGGGACUUGGGAGGUGACAAUUCAGCAAGCUGGAGCGCAAGUGGAGGUGGUGCUGCUGAGGGUGGUGGGUGGGGAGAGGUCUAG